AUGAAGGCGUACCCGGUCGGCAACAUUGACUUGUCGGUCACGUUCGGCAGCAAAGCCAACUUCCGCACUGAGACCCUCACAUUUGAGGUGGUGGACUGGAAGGGAGCGUACCACGCCAUUCUCGGGCGCCCCGCCUACGCCAAGUUCAUGGCAGUGCCCAACUACACCUACGCCAAGUUCUCGGUCAUCAUAGUGAGCGGCUCCUUCGAGCAGGCCUACGUCAGCAGCUGCGAGUACUUCGACCUCGCCACCACUGCGGCGAACUCGGCUGAGCUUGGCCAGCUUCGCGCCACCACUCCCGAGUGCCGUCCUGACCCUGGCAAGCCCAGCCAGGCACCGGCAUUUGUCUCAACCGAUGAAACCAAGUCGGUCGUGUUCGACGACGCCGAUCCAACUAAGACGGUGCGGGUCGGCUCCCAGCUGUCGGCCAAAUAG